UAUAGAAGAGAUAAGUUUAAACAAUUAUUACAGUACUGAUAUGCCUUAUUUGUAAGACCUGAGGUGUUUUAAAACUGCAGAUUACAUCAAUGGUGUUUCGUUUCCUGACUCCGCCAUUAUUGAAUUUAUGAGUGAAAUGACGAGAAGCGGUGAUAAUACAAGUUUAGGAGGAGAAGAAACCUCACUUAUCAAUAAGAAGUCAGAUAUUGGUCAACAUUUUUUACGUGCUGCACGUGCUGGAAAUAUUCAAAAGCUUCUAAUACUAAUCAAUGAUCAUAAUGCAGAUGUGCAUGCCUGUAACGCUAAUGGUUUGAAUGCUCUCCAUUUGGCUUCAAAAGAAGGCCAUGCAGACGUUGUACGUGUAUUAAUUGAACGGGGCGCAAGACCGAAUACUGCCACAAAAAAGGGAAAUACAGCUUUACAUAUUGCAAGUUUAGCUGGUCAAUUUGAAGUAGUCAAAUUGUUAUUAGAAGCUGGAGCUGAAGUGAAUGUUCAGGCUCAGGUUAGUUUAUAA